AAAGCAAGAAAUGGACGAGCUGCAACGUUCAGCUUUAAACUCUCGGGAUCAGAGAGUCGACGGCAACAGGAAGCCGGUGUGAUCUGUUCAUUUAUUCCGCGUCAUUCACGAGUAAGUCGUCUUGUUCGCAAGGGCAGCGCUUAUUCGCGUCGAGAGCCGCGGCUUUGGAGUGGACGAGGGAAAUCCUUAACUGAGUUGCGUCAUAACUACGUCAACAAACUCAUCCACUGCCCAGGUACCACAGUAGCCGCCAUAUUCGCAUCUAUGGCAGGGUAGCGGUGCUGUUGCAGAGCGCAUGGUCCCGUUAUUGACAACAUAUCCUCCCUCACCGACACCCAAAUCCCCCCGGAUAGUGGCCCACGGCCACGCAGCUUCCCUCCGGACGACCGAGCAGAGCAGCCGGGGGAAACAUGCACUUUGGAUCGGGGGUCUAGGUGGACUACGAUGCCUUAGAUUUAGACCGGAAUCCUGGCACAACAUGGAUAUAAACAGCGUUAGUAGUGAGGUCAAUGGACAUCAAAUCAUGGAUGAACCUAUGGAGGAGGGAGAAUGUUAUACACACUGUGAUGACGAGACCUACGAAGAGAUUCCUAUCACUCACCAUGUGAAAGAGGGCUGCGAGAAAGCAGAUCCGUCGCAGUUUGAGCUCUUGAAAGUCUUGGGUCAGGGCUCGUUUGGCAAAGUAUUUCUAGUAAGAAAACUUAUUGGUCCAGAUGCCAGUCAGUUAUAUGCAAUGAAAGUUCUUAAAAAGGCAUCAUUGAAAGUCAGGGACAGAGUUCGCACUAAGAUGGAGAGAGACAUCUUAGUGGAGGUCAAUCAUCCCUUCAUAGUGAAAUUGCACUAUGCCUUUCAGACUGAAGGGAAACUAUAUUUAAUACUGGACUUUCUCAGGGGAGGGGAUGUAUUCACUCGCUUAUCCAAAGAGGUUAUGUUUACAGAGGAAGAUGUCAAAUUCUACCUUGCAGAGCUGGCCCUGGCCCUCGACCAUCUGCACAACUUGGGCAUAGUUUACAGAGAUCUCAAGCCAGAAAACAUCUUACUUGAUGAAGCUGGACAUGUAAAGUUAACAGAUUUUGGCCUGAGCAAAGAGUCAGUGGAUGCUGAUAAGAAGGCUUAUUCUUUCUGUGGUACGGUAGAGUAUAUGGCCCCUGAGGUGGUCAACAGAAGAGGACACACGCAGAGUGCCGACUGGUGGUCGCUGGGAGUACUGAUGUUUGAGAUGCUAACGGGGACAUUACCAUUCCAAGGCAAAGAUCGCAAUGAGACCAUGAACAUGAUUCUCAAAGCAAAGUUAGGAAUGCCUCAGUUCCUUAGUUUGGAAGCCCAGAGUUUGCUAAGGAUGCUGUUUAAACGUAACCCCACAAACAGACUAGGGGCCGGACCCGACGGCGUGGAAGAGAUCAAACGCCACGCUUUUUUCUCCACCAUUGACUGGAAUAAACUGUUCAGGAGAGAGCUACAACCCCCUUUUAAGCCUGCAGCAGGUAAACCGGAUGACACCUUCUGCUUUGACCCAGAGUUCACUGCAAAAACGCCUAAAGACUCCCCAGGUAUCCCUCCCAGUGCGAACGCCCACCAGCUCUUCAAAGGCUUCAGUUUUGUUGCUCCAACCCCGAUGGAUGAACAUAAGAGUUCCCCGCUCCUCAGUAUACGUCCAAUAGUUCAGAUGCAUGGCGGGGCUGCUAAAUUCUCUGAUCUAUACGAGCUGCAGGAGGACAUUGGAGUCGGCUCCUACUCAAUUUGUAAACGCUGUGUACACCGAGUCUCUGCCAUGGACUAUGCUGUGAAGAUUAUAGAUAAAAGUAAGAGGGACCCAUCUGAGGAGAUUGAAAUUCUGAUGAGAUACGGGCAGCAUCCCAACAUCAUCACUCUUAAAGAUGUGUAUGAUGAGGGCAGGUAUGUUUACCUGGUAACAGAACUGAUGAAGGGGGGAGAACUGCUCGACAAGAUCCUUAGGCAGAAGUUUUUCUCCGAGCGAGAGGCCAGUGCCGUGCUCUACACCAUCACCAAGACUGUUGACUACCUCCACUGCCAAGGGGUGGUACACAGAGACCUGAAGCCCAGCAACAUCCUGUAUAUGGAUGACUCUGGUAAUCCAGACUCCAUCAGGAUCUGCGACUUUGGUUUUGCAAAGCAGCUUCGAGGGGGCAACGGUCUGCUACUCACGCCAUGUUACACCGCCAACUUUGUGGCACCAGAGGUACUAAUGCGACAAGGUUAUGAUGCAGCCUGUGAUAUUUGGAGUCUUGGAGUUCUAUUAUAUACCAUGUUGGCCGGGUAUACACCGUUUGCAAAUGGGCCAAACGACACACCAGAGGAGAUUCUACUUCGAAUAGGCUCUGGAAAGUUCUCUUUGACAGGCGGUAAUUGGGAUACUGUGUCAGACACCUCAAAGGACCUCCUGUCCCAUAUGCUCCAUGUCGACCCUCACCAGCGAUACACAGCAGAGCAGGUUUUAAAGCAUUCCUGGAUUACCUGCAGAGAUGCCCUGCCACACUUUCAGCUCACGCGCCAUGAUGCACCACACCUCGUCAAGGGAGCCAUGGCCGCCACUUAUUCAGCACUGAGCCAGAAGACAAGCCAGCCCGUGCUGGAACCUGUGGCUGCAUCAAGUUUAGCCCAGAGACGCAGCAUGAAGAAACUCACCUCUACGGACAUGUAGACACACACACACACACACACACACACACACACACACACACACACACACAGACUGUGCUACCAUUUUGACCUCACUCUCAUACAUAGACCGAAGUCCUGGCCAGUCAAAACUACUGUCUCCCUUUUUAUUGUAUUUAUUUGACGCACACACACACACAUGCACACAGACGCACGCACACCUCCAUGCACCUGCCCACUUGAUGAGGCUGCAAUGCGAAUACGUCUGCUUAAAAGCAAGACAAGAAACUGGUAUAUGUUACUGCUAGGGGGACAGACUUGUAUUUAUUUCCACAGCUUUCAUAUGCACUUGCCCUCCUCGCCUUUUCAUUCUUUCUUCCUCGCGAAGAAACGCACCAGCUGAUGUUCUCCUUCACUGUGAUUGGCUGAUACAAAGCUGCUUCGGUAAACUGUGCCCACCCCCUGCCUCCCACUGCUCUUCAUCUAUGUUCUGUCAUCCUCUCCGCCUCAGUUAUUUCUCCUUCCUUAAUUGCAUUUGCUCUCUUCUUUUCUCCAAAAUACUGAAGAAAAGAUUUAUGUGUGAGAGUGCUGGCAAGAUGACGACGACUGAGACGACAAAGAGAUGUUUUUGUUACUCUAAGUCUAAAUCCAAAUUUUCUUUGGACUGAAAUCAAUAUUAUUGAUCAAAAUCAUCUUCCAGCACUUUAAGCUACAUAAAUGCAUGCAUGGACAGAUGCUGUAUUUCUCUAACCUUUAAUUCCUGUUUUUGAUGCUAACAAUGUAUCUAAAGAGGUUUCAAAAAAGGCUGCCGGUGGACAAAGGGUUAUGUCUUGAAAUGAAUGUGAAACAAUGGUGACGAUAACAGAAGUUCUAGAUUGCACAUAUACAGAUUACUUGCUAAUGUAUUAGGUAUACCAGCGUUAAACUAGCACAUUUGACUGAAGCCUCCCUUCAUGAGGCAUUUACUACUUCUGUUUUAGAGAGGUUUCAUAUUAAUGCUUUAUGUAGAACUACACUUAUGCAUUGAACCGACUAAAUGUCAGCACUUAAGUCAACCUCUGAACUUUUAAACUAAAACAAAAGUAAGAUGGUCAUAGAAAAUGAUCCUAUAGAAUAUAAUAUUUAUUUUCUUUUGGUUUGAUCUGUGUGUACCUAAUACAUUUGCAAAUGAGUGUAUAUUUUAUAUACUAAAAAAUAUACAGUGAAAAUGUUGACGAUGAAGAGCAUGUGUGGGAGCUGUAGGGAUUUCUCUGGGGGGAAUAAGAUGCAUCCCGUCAAACCAGAGAGGCUGAAUCAAAAAAAAAUAUUUCCAUAAAUAUCUCUUUCAAAAGACAUUGUGGAAAUUGUAAAAUAUUGUAUUUAUUUCAUUUGAUUUUUAAGAUUCUAUUUUUCUUUCAAGUUCUGUAUAUAUUGACAUUAAAGAUCAUUAUU